AUGGAAAAGCUAAUCUCAAAGGACUUUGAUUUGCUGCCAAACGACCGGUCGGAGGAUAACCUCAUGCGGUGGCGCAAAGCCGUCGGAACAAUCGUCAAGAACCGCCGCCGUCGCUUCCGGUACGUCGCUGAUCUCGAAAAGCGAUCUGCAAGUAAAGAACAUAUGCGGAAACUCAGUGAAAGAAUACGAGUUUCCAUCUUGGCUUAUAAAGCAGCACUUAGGUUUCUUGAUGGUUUACACUCGGAAGCACCUAAAGAGCCAAGUGGACACGAGGAAGAAGAUUUUGAUGCAGAUAUUCAAAAUGGGCUCCCAGAAGAGGCUAGAGUUGCAGGGUUUCAAAUUCACCCAGAUAAACUUGCACCCAUUGUCGCUACAUAUGAUAUCAAGACAUUAAGAAAACUUAAAGGAGUUGAAGGACUCUCAAAAAAAUUGUAUGUUUCAGUGGAUGAAGGAGUCAAAUCAAGUGAUGUGCCUGUCCGGCAAAAUGUCUUUGGUUCCAACCGUUAUACUGAGAAACCUUCUAAAAGUUUUUGGAUGUUUUUGUGGGAAGCUUUACACGAUUUAACACUUAUCAUGCUCAUGGUUUGUGCUGUGGUCUCUAUUGGUGUGGGGCUGGCCACUGAAGGGUGGCCGAAGGGCAUGUAUGAUGGGUUGGGAAUUAUUAUAAGUAUACUUUUGGUGGUGAUGGUUACUGCAAUUAGUGAUUACAGGCAAUCAUUGCAGUUCAAAGAGCUAGACAAGGAGAAGAAAAAGAUAUUUGUCCAGGUCACAAGAGACGGAAUUCGUCAGAAAGUCUCCAUAUUUGACCUGGUUGUUGGGGAUGUUGUCCAUCUAUCCAUCGGAGACCAUGUUCCAGCCGAUGGAAUUUUUAUAUCAGGGUACAACCUGUUGAUUGAUCAGUCAAGCUUGACUGGUGAAAGUUUGCCAAUAAAUAUAUAUGAAAAAAGACCUUUUCUUUUAGCGGGAUCAAAAGUUCUAGAUGGUUCUGGUAAGAUGCUGGUGACUACUGUGGGAAUGAGAACUGAAUGGGGUAAGUUGAUGGAAACUCUAAGUGAGGAAGGAGAAGACGAGACACCGCUGCAGGUGAAACUAAAUGGUGUUGCUACUAUUAUUGGUAAGAUUGGACUGGUAUUUGCUGCGACGACUUUCUUAGUAUUGACUGUCCGGUUUUUGGUGGAGAAAGGACAUCGCCAUGAAUUUACCAAAUGGACUUCUGGUGAUGCACAGAAGCUUUUAAAUUACUUUGCUACAGCAGUGACUAUAAUUGUUGUUGCAGUUCCAGAAGGGUUGCCCCUGGCCGUGACGUUGAGUCUUGCAUUCGCUAUGAAGAAGUUAAUGAAUGACAAGGCAUUGGUGAGACAUCUGUCUGCCUGUGAAACAAUGGGUUCUGUCACUACCAUUUGCACUGAUAAAACAGGGACAUUGACCACAAACCAUAUGGUAUUGAAUAAAAUAUGGAUCUGUGGGAAAGCGAAAGAAGUAGAAGCUAGUGGAGGGAGGGCAACAUUAGAUUCAGAUAUAUCAGAAAAUGUAAUAAGCAUUCUCUUGCAGGGGAUAUUUAAUAAUACGGGGUCUGAGGUGGUCAAGAAUAAAGAUGGAAAGAACUCCAUCUUGGGCACACCAACAGAAUCAGCAAUAUUAGAAUAUGGAUUGCUUUUGGGUGGUGAUUUUGAUAAUGAACGCCGGCCCUGCAAUUUGUUGAAGGUUGAACCUUUCAAUUCAGAAAAGAAAAUGAUGUCUGUGCUUUUGUCUCUUCCGGAUGGGAAAGUCCGAGCUUUUUGCAAAGGUGCGUCGGAGAUUGUACUAAAAAUGUGUGACAAGAUGAUUGGCCCUGAUGGCGAACCUCUUCAUUUGUCUGAAGAACUUGUAAGAAAUACCAUGUACGUUAUCAAUGGAUUUGCUGGUGAAGCUUUGCGCACUCUAUGCUUGGCCUUUAAGGAUAUGGACGAUGGAUUUCAAGAAAAUAACAUCCCUGAUUCUGGCUAUACAUUGAUUACAAUAGUGGGAAUCAAGGAUCCAGUUCGUCCUGGGGUAAAGGAAGCCGUUAAAACUUGCUUAGCAGCUGGAAUUAAUGUGCGAAUGGUCACUGGUGAUAAUAUUAACACAGCUAUAGCGAUUGCCAAAGAAUGUGGCAUACUUCUCGAUGAUGAUCUUGCCAUUGAAGGUCCAGAUUUUCGCCAAAAGUCUUCUGAUCAGAUGCUUCAAAUCAUACCAAAAAUCAAGGUAAUGGCUCGGUCAUCUCCUACAGACAAGCAUCUUUUGGUAAAGAAUUUGAAAGGCAUGCUUAGAGAGGUGGUUGCAGUUACUGGUGAUGGGACCAAUGAUGCCCCGGCUUUACAUGAGGCUGACAUUGGGCUUGCUAUGGGCAUAGCAGGAACCGAGGUUGCAAAAGAAAGCGCUGAUGUAAUUGUAUUGGACGACAAUUUUGCAACAAUAGUGAAUGUAGCCAGAUGGGGGCGUUCUGUAUACAUAAACAUUCAAAAGUUUGUGCAGUUCCAAUUGACUGUCAAUAUUGUUGCUCUCAUGAUCAACUUCAUAUCUGCAUGUGUCUCAGGAUCAGCUCCCCUUACAGCUGUACAAUUGCUUUGGGUCAAUCUGAUUAUGGACACUUUAGGUGCACUUGCACUGGCCACUGAACCGCCACAUGAAGGAUUGAUGAAACGGCCUCCUGUUAUGAGGACUGAAGGUUUCAUUACCAGGACCAUGUGGAGGAAUAUUCUUGGUCAGAGCAUUUAUCAGUUGGCUGUUCUUCUAGUCCUCAAUUUUGUUGGGAAGAAGUUAUUAGGGCUUAGUGGUUCUGAUGCUACUGCAGUACUCAAUACUUUCAUAUUCAACACGUUCGUCUUCUGUCAGGUCUUCAAUGAGAUAAAUAGCCGCGACAUUGAGAAAAUAAACAUUUUUCGUGGAAUGUUUGGAAAUUGGAUAUUCAUAGGAAUCAUCGCAGCCACGGUCAUAUUUCAAGUUAUUAUAGUCGAAUUCCUGGGCACUUUCGCCAGCACUGUACCAUUAAACUGGCAGCUGUGGCUUCUCAGCGUUGGACUCGGGGCAGUGGGCUUGCCUAUUGCAGUUGUUCUGAAGUGUAUACCUGUUGACCUGAAGACUAAAACACAACAUGAUGGUUAUGAACUGCUCCCAAGCGGUCCAGACCUUGCUUGA